AUGGCAACUGUUCUCACGAACUCAAUACCCUGGCAUGAUGGUGAACGUGACAUACAUCAGCUACUGCGGGUUCCCUAUCAGGACAAUCCGACUGUGCCUUUCCUGAGCCCUGGCGCGGGCCUGCUGAUGAAAGGGUCUCCAUUGCUCGCUAUUGGGGCUUUGGACCAGGAUGGGAGGCCUUGGUGCUCUCUCUGGGGUGGGGAGGAGGGCCUUGCAACCCCAACAUCUUCCUCUGGCUUCGACAUUAGGACACCGGUCGGGAAAGCUUAUGAUCCAGUGGUAGAGAGCUUAUUGCUUGAUUCCACUGCGAAGAGCGGGCGUCUGGUUUCGUUUUUAGCUCUUGACCUAAAAAAUAGGAGGAGGGUAAAGUUGUUUGGCAGAAUCACUGCUGGGUCGCUGAACGUCGCAGAUGAAAGUAUACGCGCAGGCAUUGCCCAUCUUACCGUCCAUGUAGAUGGCAGCCUUGGUAACUGUCCGAAAUAUUUAAAUGCGAGACAUAUUGUCCCCGCCCUACCCGAUCCAAAGUUGAUUUCGGAAACUGCUCAGCUGCAUCCUGACGCUAUUAGCCUCCUAAACGGUGCAGAUUGCCUAUUCAUUUCGUCUUCGCACGAAACCCAGAAUAUGGACACCAACAUCCGUGGUGGACCUGCUGGAUUUGUACGAGUCGCCGCCAAUGAACCUGGUGGUGCCGUGCUCGUUUACCCAGAAUACUCUGGGAAUAGGCUAUACCAGACCCUUGGGAAUCUCCGGACGACUCCGCUGGCAGGUUACGUCUUCCCGGAUUUUGAAACGGGCAACGCUUUAUUUGUCACGGGCAGAACGGAGAUUCUGGUUGGAAAGGAUGCGUCUUCUAUCCUUCCUCGCUCGAACAUCGCCGUUAGAUUGACCGUUACUGUGGCUCGCUUUGUAGAGAACGCACUUUCGUUCCGAGGAUCCCCAGGAAGAAUGUCUCCAUACAACCCUAGCGUCAGAUACUUGUCAACUGAAAAGAUGUCUGCUGCAGCCCUAGGGAAUCGCGAAUCGUCUGUCACAGCAACGAUGAUUAGGAAGGAGAUCAUCACCCCAUCCAUUGGUCGAUUUCGUUUCCGCAUAUCAGACCCCAAAAAAGCUGGAUCGUGGAAACCGGGGCAAUAUGCGACAUUUUCCUUCUAUGAUGAACUGGAUAUGGGAUACAGCCAUAUGAUGGAUGACGAUCCAUUGAGCCUCAAUGACGAUUACGUCCGCACAUUCACCAUUUCCUCAUUUCCAGGCCGCGGACUUACCGAUGGAGAAUUCGAGAUAACCAUUCGAAAACACGGCAAUGUGACCCGUUACCUGUUCCAAACGAGCGAUAGAGCCGGACUAGAAGUUCCACUGAAGGGUUUUGGGGGCGACUUUCGACUAACAGAACAGAGCAGUGGUGUAAUGCCUUUUAUAGCAGGAGGAAUUGGGAUUACACCCGUUCUCGCCCAGCUGCCGGUUAUUGAUAUUAGCCAGCUUCGACUUUUUUGGUCCAUCUCGAUCAAGGACAUCGUUCUGGUGCUGGACACCUUCAAAAGAUUCCCGGGACUGCCUAGCUCAACGACCCUGUUUGUCACUGGGCUUGACUCACAGGGUGAACAGAUGAGUGCUGAAAUCGAGACAGUCGCUUCGUCCGGAGCGAAGAUAGAACGCCGAAGGAUAGAGGCCCGAGAUCUCGAUCUCUCGCUAGCAGACACAUGGUAUUUCUGUGGUAGUCCUGCUCUGAAAGUGCCUGUGUUCAAUUGGCUUGCGGGUAAAAAAGUAGUGUAUGAAGACUUCAAUUAUUGA